AUGAGUCUAGCACAAGGAAAUAUUGAAGAUAUUUUUCAGGAAUUUCAUGAUGAUUUUCACGCAGAUGACGAGACAAAUAUUCAAUUCGAUAAGAGACGUAGGCGAUUCGUGAAAGAAUAUGAUGAUGAUUUAUUUGAUAUUGAGCAAUGUCCAGAGGUAGAUCAGAUUUUACUUGGUUUAACAGUUGGUGAGCAAGAAAAACAACAAUAUUUAUCUGGAAAGUUAAGUCACCUAUCGGCUACACAUCAAGAAUCCGAAACUACUACUCGAGCAGCCAGUGUACUAUCGCGAACAAAAACAGAUAACGUCGUCAUCUCCAGUCAAUUGAUACCAAAAUAUUUAUCACAUGAAAGUAAAGAAUUCGAUCGGAUGAUCCUCGGUCUCCGUCAACAAACUGGCACUAUUAUUUAUACGGAAGAAUUACGAGCUAUUGCAUUUCUCAUUGAUCAACUUCAACGUAUUAAAUUAGAAAAAUAUCUUUAUACGACAUAUUUACGUUCUGGUCAGGACUAUAAGAUUAUUCUAUAUCAAAUACCUAUUGAAAAAGAAAUCAUCCUUAUUGAAUAUGAUUUCUUUGAUCGAUUAUCCGAACUUGAAUUUUAUAGUGAAAAUUCAAAUGUAUAUCAAAAACAACUAUUUCAAUAUCUUACACAAAAGAAAUUUGAUAUAGAGAAAUCAAAACUAGAACUUGCUCUAUUAAAACAGCGUAUCACUCAUAAUCAUCUACCAACAUCAUUUGAUAAACUCGAAAUAUCGAUACCUACUCCAAUACAUACAAUAAUGGAUACGGAGACAGCUCAAUCUCUAAAAGGUCGAUAUGAUAAAAUUUUACAAUGA